AUCGUAGUUGGUGGUGGUGGUAGUUGGUGGUAGUUGGUGGUGGUUGUAGUUGGUGGUGGUGGUAGUUGGUGGUUGUGGUAGUUGGUGGUGGUGGUAGUUGGUGGUGAUCGUAGUUGGUGGUGGUGGUAGUUGGUGGUGGUUGUAGUUGGUGGUGGUGGUAGUUGGUGGUGGUGGUAGUUGGUGGUGGUUGUAGUUGGUGGUGGUUGUAGUUGGUGGUGGUGGCGUUGUUGUGUGUGACGUUGUUGUUGUGUGACGUUGUGUGUGACGUGGAACUUCCUUCGCACCGUACGUAGCCACCCGUCACCCGUGCUGCUCAUGGGAGAGGGUGACUGCGUACCUACACACGCACAGGCGCGCUCCGUACGUCAUUAACCUGGACCCGGCUGUCUACGACCUCCCGUUCCCAGCAAACAUCGACAUCCGGGACACGGUGAACUACAAGGAGGUGAUGAAACAGUACGGUCUGGGUCCCAACGGAGGCAUCGUCACCGCUCUCAACCUCUUUGCAACGCGCUUUGACCAGGUGAUGACCUUCAUUGACAAGAGACGCAGCGAGACAGAGUUUGUGGUGAUCGACACGCCGGGCCAGAUCGAGGUGUUCACCUGGUCGGCGUCGGGGACCAUCAUCACCGAGGCGCUGGCCUCCACGUUCCCCACCGUGGUGCUGUACGUGAUCGACACCUCUCGCAGCGUGAGCCCCGUCACCUUCAUGUCCAACAUGCUCUACGCAUGCAGCAUCCUGUACAAAACCAAGCUCCCCUUCAUCGUGGUGAUGAACAAGACGGACAUCGUGUCGCACGAGUUUGCGCUGGAGUGGAUGCAGGACCUGGAGCUGUUCCACGAGGCGCUGGAGCAGGACUCCUCCUACAGCAGCAACCUCAGCCGCUCCCUCAGCCUCGUGCUCGACACCUUCUACACCGACCUGCGGGUGGUGGGCGUCUCUGCGGUGACGGGCGCUGGGAUGGUGGAGCUGUUUGAGGCCGUGGAGAAAGCGAGGGAGGAGUACGCGAGGGAAUAUCGGCCCGAGUACGAACGCCUCAAGCAGAUCAAGGAGGAGGAAGCCGCCAGGCGGCAGCAGGAGCAGCUGACUCGGCUGCACAAGGACCUGGGCGCAGUGCACAUGGGCACCGUGAGCGGUGCGUAAACAACAACAACAACGACAACAACAACAACGACGAGACAAAGCUUCCCCGGGUAGCCCACGCCGUCCGGGGGCAAGUGCCGUUAGCGAGCAGCGGCGGCGGGGGCAGCUACGAAGGCCGCACUCACCAACUCACUCACUCACCAACUCACCAUCUCACUCACUCACCCACUCACCAUCUCACUCACUCACUCACCAACUCACCAUCUCACUCACCAUCUCACUCACUCACCCACUCAC